CGCGCUCCCCCAUCCUCCCCGACCCGCCUCCCACCCUCACUCUGCCCCCCGCCGCGCUCCCCCUCGCGAUGCCCUGCCGCCCGCCCUCUCCUCUCCGUCUCUCCUUUCUGUCCACCGACUCCUGCGCUGCGCACUCGGCACCUCCCUCCUCCGCUGCGACGCCGGGGCGCGAGCCGCAGCCCCCGGCGCUCGGCACCCCCCUCCGCCGCCGCGAUGCCGGUGCGCGAGCCGCGGGCGGAUCGAGCCGGCGGAGUCCAUCUUCGACACCCGCCGCCAGCAGAGUCCAUCUGCACUGGAGCGCGCCGAGACAUCCACCUCCACCACCACCCGCUCCCGUCGCCUCCCCCGCUGGCCACGCCACCAUGCUGACGCCGGUCGCUCGCCUCGCGGCCUGCCGCCUCCUCGGCCUCGCCUCCUUCUCCGCUUCGGAAGCCGCCGCUCGCCGCCUGGCUCCGUCUCUGGUUUAUUGCAUGAGAACCUAUGAGAAAAUUUCCGAAGCUCAUCAAGUUAGGGCUGAGAAGAAGAGAUUGUUGGGAUUCUUGGUUAAGGAAGCUAAGGCAGCGUGUGAGAAGGAUCGAGCUCAAUUCCAUCUUGGAAUCGUGUCCCAGAUCAUCAUCAAAUGUCAAAGCCAAACUGAACACAACGAUUGAUUUUCUUCUAUGGAGAGGGCAAGGAACAAGCAUGGUGGUGGGCCAUUGUUGGCAAACCCCAUAGGCAGGGGGCAGCGGUAACUCCACCCAGCUCAAGAUCAUCCUAUCACUGCAGUCAGCAAACCAAACAACAGAUAUGUACCGGCGCAUUGUAUAGCUCAAGCCAGGAUAUGUACCGGCGAUGUCCACGUAACAAAAAAAAUUCUUUAACACAGCAAUUCCACAUAAACAAAUCCAUUUAUAUUGAAAUUUAACGGUGUUUGUAAUCUCAAAACUAAUUAAUGUUGUAUGGCUCAAUUGAACCAAUGCCAACUAUAAGUUUGACCAUGCGCAGCAUUUAUGGCCAACGAGUGGCCCUCCAGUCAAAAUGGUUGUAUAUGCAAGGCAGGCUAAAUGAGCAAAAAAAUUCACGAAUCGACAACGGUUCCCUUUGGCACCGAAGCCUCAUUGUCAGCAGUAAUAAGCUGCCACAACAAUGGAAACAGUAUGACCUCAAAAAAAAAA